AUGCCUAUCCGAGUUCCAUCCAUCAUGCAUGUUAAGCAGCUUCUCCGCAGGUCUGUUUUAAGCAGUAAAGAAGCAGCUUCCACAGCUAAAAAUGUUCCAAAAGGCUACUUUGCAGUCUAUGUUGGAGAAGACCAGAAGAAGCGAUUCGUUCUACCUAUAUCAUACCUUAAUGAACCUUCGUUUCAGAAAUUGCUACAUAAGGCAGAGGAAGAAUUUGGGUUCGAUCAUCCAAUGGGUGCUCUGACAAUUCCUUGCAGGGAAGAGGUCUUUAUCAACUUCACGUCUGGCAUAAACAGAUCGUGA